AUGAUUCCGAUUGUUUUGACGACAUGGACGCUGGAUCAACUGAAAAAACCGGCAUUUGAAGAAAAGUCGUCCACAGAAGUCGCCUACGCUGGAAAGGUGUACUCAUUUGCAGCCAUUCAGGACCAGGCCACAGAUCUCUCGAGAUCAGGCAACGAAAUAUGGGUUUUGCUAGGACCCACAGGCAGCGGCAAAACUACAACUUUGAAAAAGUACUUGAACGUUUUCAGUGCCCUCCAUGGCCAGAUGUCAGCCUGUGAGGUCAGCUGCAACACCUUCUUUGUGGACUUACUAGAUAACAAGACCAGGAAGCUGUACUUGAGCCACAUGCCGGUGGAGAAGCAGCUCAAGCGGUGUCCGUGCUCCGAGGAGAAUAUCAAAAAAGUGCUUUCCUUGAGAAAUACGGCUUCUACAAAGACAAAUGCCCAUUCGAGUCGUUCUUGUAUGCUAGUGACGUUGAAGGCAGAUUGUGGAAACCUUACUAUUCUCGAUAUGAUGGGAAACGAGAAGUUCGAAGCCAAUGCCGCUACUUCCAACGCUUUUGCCAAUCUGAACGUUUCUUCCAUCACACAAGCGUUGCUUAACAGAACCAGCAACAAGAGAUCCUCCAACUUGGUCACCAACAUGAUCUUCAACGACCACAGUCUGCUGAAGUUGAAGUUUGUGUUGCAUUUGGACAAAACGGGAGAUAAGGCGUUGAUCAAGUCGUCGUUGAACAACAUUGCCGAUGUGGUGAAAGGAUUCAGAAUGGACGAGAAACCGAAAAUGGCUACUACUAGGCCUCAAGCUCUUCCGCUGUAUGCUAGACCCACAGCAGCGUCCUUGAGUCCCAAGAAAAGAGCCGUAAAGAGGCCGUCGAUGGUUCCAUCCAAGCAGCCUUUGAAGCAGCCGAAACUCAAUGUUCCUAAGGUACAAGCAUCCAAAGUACCGUUAUCCAAAGCUCAAAGUGUCAGACCAGUUUCCAACGAGCUGAGUUUUAUCCAGAAGUUACGGCAGGCUCAGAAGGACGAUACCAAGUCAGAGAAACAGGAGAAGAAAGACGAAAAAGUGGUCCAGAUCCAGGAAGAGGUGAAUGGCUUGAAAGACGAGGUCAAGAAAGCACGCCUAGCGACUGUGCCUUUAAAAGAGCAAAUCACCAGAUUCAAGCAGUUGUUCGAAGAAGCGGCCGAAGAAUUGAGUUUGCUUCGUCUGGAAAAAAUCAACUUAGAACUGGAUUUACUGAAGAAGGCAGAGGAGGUUGUAACAGCCCAUUCUGCUAAAGAGCAAUCUGAAGAAACGGCACAAAAGAUCAAAGAGGAGAUGGAAGCAGCAGAGCAGAGUUUCAAAGCCAAGACUGACGAAAACGAACAGCUUCAGAAACAGAUCCAGGAGCAGAUUGCCCUUCUCAGUGAGAAAGGCGAUGAGUUGAACAAGCAGAUCGAGAAGAAGAACAACAGGGUCGUGGAGCUUGAAAAGGAAAUAAAGAAGGUGAAGUUUGAGAAAGAUAAGGAAGUUGUCGGCCUUCAAAGCAGGCUUGAAUCGCUGGACAAAAUGCUCGAGGAUGAGAAGGAGAAAUACAGACUUUUCCAGGAAAAGUUACCCAAAGAAGGAGCGCUUUUCAAACGUGUGGGUGACGCUUUUGAAGAGAUCUCACUGGAUUCCAUAAGCUCCAGCGCUGAACUAACCGAACUUCAACUGUCCUACGAUACCCUCAAAGACGAAAUGAAGAAGCAGGAAGAGUCACACAAGGAGAACCACGAGUUCCUCAAAAAGAAGAUCAAGAACUUGCGCAACGACAACGAGCAUCUUGAAAAGAAGUACGAGAAAGCCCUGAAUAUGAUCAGAAAGUGGAAGGGUCGGAAUGAGGAUUUGGCCAGUGACAUAAAAACCAUGGAGUCAACAGAAGCAGCCCAUAAAAGCAGAAUCACAGAACUUGAAGAAAAAGUCAAGGAACUCGAAAAAUACAAAUCCAAGUGUGAACAUCUCGACAGCAAUCUCCAGGAACUCAGGACCCUGUCUCAUGAGGAGGAGAACCGACUUCGAACCAAGGUUUCAGAUUACAAGCAGAAGUACAAAAAGCUCUUGAAUGAGCAGACCGUACCCAGGUUGUUUCGUCCUGUAAUUCACGAGGAUACCGACUACAAGACGUAUCUCAAGGAGAAGAGGAAAAACGAAACCCAGAGCAGUCCUCUUAAAGAGGCUAAUACCAACAGAGAACAGAACAAGAGGCACUCUCUUACUGAGCCGCUCAAAGUAACGGCAUGA